ACCCAACAGGGGCAUACCCCAGAUGGAACUCCAAGCCUCGGCUCCAUGAUCAAGACAUUAAUAGCAUCAAAACCCGCCUUUUUCGUAAUCUCAAUCUACUUGACAUAAUACCAGAGUUGCAAGUAAACACACUCACGCCAUGUCUGACAAGGCGCAGAGUCGUAUCAAUGCCAUUGGCAAGCAACUUCUUCCACCUAUCAACAAGGUAGCUCCGGGAUCAAGUAAGCUUCGUGUCGAGGGCAAAGUCGUCAUCAUAACAGGUACAAACUCGCCGCUGGGUAUCGGUCGUGCUACAGCGCAUCAAUACGCUGAAAGCGGUGCCCGAGCAUUGUAUCUCUGCGACUUUGACGAUACGCACCUUGAGUCUCAUAAGAAGGAGAUCAACGCUGCGUUUCCCAAGGUGGAAAUUCACACGAGGCGUUUCGAUGCCGCAGAUGAGGACAAGGUCAAGGAGGUAGUCGAUGACGCGAUCCAACGCUACGGUCGCUUGGACGUCUUCUUUGCUAAUGCUGGAGUCGUCGGUCGAACCACGCUGUUCUCUGACUUCAGCAAAGAUGAGUUUAUGUCGAUACUCAACACCAACACGUCAAGUGUCUUUCUAGCUGCCAAGUACGCGGCACCAGCUAUGAUGCAAACUUCUGCCGAUAAGCCUCAAGCCAGCGGCAGUAUCAUCGGUACAGCGUCUGUCGCAGGAAUCCGCUCCAAUGCCGGAUCCACGCCAUACUCAGCCUCCAAAGCAGCCGUGGUAUCUCUCGCCCAGACGAUAUCAUACCAGCUCGCUGGAACAGGCGUACGUAUGAACGCUAUCUGCCCAGGUCUCAUUGAGACCGGCAUGACAGCGCCUGUGUACGAAGCCGCGAGGGCUCGUGGAAGUGAGAAGAAGAUUGGACAGCUGAACCCUAUGAAGAGGGGCGGUCAUGCUGAUGAGAUCGCUCGUGUUGCGCUCUUCUUGGGAAGUGAUGAGAGUAGUUAUGUUAAUGGACAGGCAUGGGCAGUAGAUGGAGGGCUGAGCGCUGGGCACCCCUUUGUUCCUGGAAAACUGGGCUGAUUGUCUGUCAGGGGGGAGUAUAGUUCAGCUCUGGUAUACCACCCACGACACUGGGCCUCAUGAGUAGACACUCGCAUUUCAGCUCAGCUCAUAUCACAGCGUUUCCGAAUACUCAUAUUAUUUACUAGCCUUCUCCCAUACUCAUUGCUUUCCGUAUCCAACUUUGAUCUUCCUUACCUCGGAGUGUUUAGGUGUUGAUUCGUGAUGUUUGCUGCAUUAGGCCUAUAUCUGAACAUAAGACACGCUCCCUGUACCCAUCAAACUCAUCAAGUUGAACCACUAAACAACAACGUGUUUGCAUCGGAACUCGUCCCAAGAUCGACGCAACUCUUAGCUCAGGCGGUAACCUCCGCGAAUCCAGCUACUUGGAUGUGAUGAGGGUUCCGAUGAAACUGAACUGU